AUGCGAUUCCUACGCUGUAAAGGUUCCCUGAAGUCAGCUGUCGUAAUCUCUUUCAGAGACUCUGUGAGACCGUUGGAUUGCGGGAAAAAGUCUGGCAGACUUGCAUCGGUGGUGUACGAUGGUUGCAUCAAGGUUGCGGCCCCUAUCCGGGCAAGAAACGAAAUGUCAGAUUCCAGCGUAGGAGAACCCUCCGAGUUCGAGGAUUCUGAAUCUGAAUACAAUACGUCAGAUAAAGAACGCUGGCUUUCUUCGCCUGAUAAUUUGCCUGAACAUGAAACAACGAUUGACAACCCUACUAAUACGGUCCCUGGCCCCAGUCACUUUCAGGAUUUUUUGUCUCUUAAAGAAAAAAGAAAGCUAAGUAGAAAACGACUACGACAUAAUUCCGAAUGGAAAAGAGAGACGGCAAAAAGAGCCAGAGCUGCAGGUCAAGAGUACUUAAAUAUACGAGGUCAGGUUGUUCCUGCAAAUAAGUUUUAUGAUGAUGAUUGCACAUGUCAUAAAAAAUGUCAUAGUUUAUUUACACUAGAGGAAAGAAAACUUAUUUUUGACAACUUCUAUAAACUGAAAAAUUUUGAUUUACAGAAAGCUUUUAUUUUUGGCAGAAGAGCGCUGACCGAUUUACCAAGAAGACAGAAUACUCGCAUAUACCUACUACCGAAAACUGGUGUGGAUGUUAUCGUUUGUAAAACUUUUUUUAAAAAAGUUUAG